UCAGGAUACGUGAUUCAACCCUCAGUUUUGAUACCAUGGGCCGCAAGCGUGGCGGCAAUGAAGAGAGCAAGCUUUGCUGGCAUUGCCAUGGGCGUGGCCAUGACCAAAAAGACUGCAAGGUACUCUUGUCGGGUGCAUCCAGGCAUUGCUUUAUUUGCAAUUCCACGGAACACUUGAGUUCAGAUUGCCCGGAAAAAGUGCACAGCUCUCCCCCUCCAUGGGUGCAGGAGGUGCGAGUGGCAGCGCCCCCGCGGCCAACGCCCACUGAGGCGCCCAGCUGCUCUCCCCGGCUAAGUGUGGUGAUUACCACAAGCCCUGUACCCAGCCAUCCUUCGACGAUGAUGAUCGAAGCUGUUAUUGCCAGCUUUCAAAGAGUUAAAGGUCUGGCAGAAUGUCCGUUGAUCAUUGUUUGUGACGGUUUCAAAGUGGUCAAGAAGACCACCUGGAAAGCUGGGAAGGUUACUGAGGAGAAGGCUGCAAACUACGAGGAGUUCAAAUGCAACUUGAAGAAGUUGCAAGAUGCCGGGCAGCUACCAGCAGGUAGCAAACUCAUCAUCCUGCAGGGCCACAACGGACAGGCGAUGGCCGUGAAGGCCGCGCUUCAGGAGGUUGAUACUCCACUGGUCUGUAUCCAUCAGCAUGACUUGGAAUUCACCGUUGACUUCUGCCUUGAAAAGGUGCUGGAUGUUUUGGAGGACGAGGCCACUCCAGUCAAGUAUGUUGGCUUGCCGCUGCUGGUGAACCUGCACUAUGAAGCCAUUGCUUUCCAGCACCAUGGUGUCAAGGUAAAGGUUGAAGAGUACCAGGGGCUCAGCUUUAUGCCGAUCAUUUUUUGGUAUGACAGCACCCAUAUUACUUCUGUGAAGCACUACAUGUCGCUGGUGUUUGGCAUGGAGCAGACCUACUCAGCUGGGAACUUUGUGGAAGAGACCUUCGGUGUACGCCAAAGAAACGACAUCAUGGCCAACGGCAUGGGUGAUGGUGUCCAUGCAAAGUAUGGCACGUACCAUUGCAUUUCCAUGUCAUCGGAUGGCUUGCGGCGUCCGCUGAUUUGCCACCUCAAUGGGGUUCGCUUUUUGACGCCUCAGCAGCGAGAAGCUCUUGGAUAUCCUCCAGAUCCCCCAGUUGAAUUCUAUCCGAGCCGCACAAUGACUAAUCGAAAGCAGAGGAAGGCUGGCAGUGUCAGUGGCGGCCUCCACCGCUUUUGAGCAAUCUUGGUGAUUUUAGGGUUUUGAUCCACAGGCUGGGAUCAGGUGUUUCAAUAUGUUUCAGUUGCCUACAGCUGCACGGCUGUAUUGGCUUGAUAUAUUGGGUGACACCUACGAUGCUUGAGAGGCACCGAGCACCUCCACAGACUCAAAAGCAAGUCUAGGGUUGGUGAUCCCCUUUCCCUCGAUGAGAAGAAAAGAGAUAGCAAUCGUUGGCGCGUUUCAGGUGCGUCAUAUUCUGGAUAUCGUCCUCGAGCUGGCCGAUGUUGACAUGGAGUUCUCUGCAGCUGUGCGGAACAUCCUGGCACACAUGUUGAAUGAUACACGCUUAAGAAAUAGUAAACCAACUACUUCAUGCCUUCCAAAAAAACAUUCAUAUAAAUAGAACAUAUUUAUAUAUUUUAUAUUAUUACUACUUAUAUAUUAUAUUACGA